UGUGAGGGCGGCUGGAGUGGCUGGCACGUUUAUGAUGAGGCUUCUGCUACUUUUCCUGGUGGCGGCGUCGGCGGUGGUCCGGAGCGAUGCCUCGGCCAACAUGGGAGGCGUGCCUGGCAAGAGAUUAAAGAUGCAGUACGCCACGGGGCCGCUGCUCAAAUUCCAGAUAUGUGUUUCCUGAGGUUAUAGGCGGGUGUUUGAGGAGUACAUGCGGGUUAUUAGCCAGCGGUACCCAGACAUCCGCAUUGAAGGAGAGAAUUACCUCCCUCAACCGAUAUAUAGACAUAUAGCAUCUUUCCUGUCAGUCUUCAAGCUAGUAUUAAUAGGCUUAAUAAUCGUUGGCAAAGAUCCUUUUGCUUUUUUCGGCAUGCAAGCUCCUAGUAUCUGGCAAUGGGGCCAAGAAAAUAAGGUCUAUGCAUGUAUGAUGGUCUUCUUCUUGAGCAACAUGAUUGAGAACCAGUGUAUGUCAACAGGUGCAUUUGAGAUAACUUUGAAUGAUGUACCUGUGUGGUCUAAGCUGGAAUCCGGUCACCUUCCAUCCAUGCAACAGCUUGUUCAGAUUCUUGACAAUGAAAUGAAGCUCAAUGUGCAUAUGGAUUCAAUUCCACAUCAUCGAUCAUAGCCCCACCUAUCAGCACCGAAAACUCU